CAAUUCAGCCAGGCGUUCACCGAAUCGAAGUCUGUACUUGGAAAAUUGCACCCAGUUCCUUCGUUGAGUCACUGCACAAUAAAUUCAACACUGGGGGAUUCGCGGUUGUAAAGAGCGAUCUGGUGUAUAGCGGAAACGAGAGAUACAAACUGUCAACUCAAUCAUCGGGAAAAAUUGUCGUCGAUCUGAUGUUGAUAUUUAAGAAUUUCUCAAAUUUCGGAAUAGAAUUUCAAUAAGAAAUGCAUCUGCAGCUGUUGUUAGUAGCAGUCACCGCUACGUUGUUAUUGUCUACCGCAGAAGCUUUUGUUAAAAUAGAUGUUUCCAAACUAAGUAGCACUAGUACAGCGGGCCAAACCGAUUCAACAACUCCAUCAACCUCAAUAAUUCCUCAACAAAAUGUAACGAUACCGUCGACCGUUGCCAUUACAACACCAAUACCACCUACAGUGGGUACAGUUGCAACGAAUAGAAAUGCAUCUGAGAACAGCACAUCGAAUACAGAACUGAAUCAAACGAGUCCAGUCAAUGAUAGUCGACCUAGUCUUGACGAGCAUGUCCCACAUACAUCUAGAGUGAAAAUUUCUCCCGACAACUACUACUGUCCUUGUGAUUUGAUGGUCAACUUUUGUGACAUAAAUUGUUGCUGCGACAACGACUGUAUAGAUGAUAUGCUAAGUGUUUUCGUUUGUGAUGAGAAGGAGUGGAGCAUCUACGAUUUCGAAUAUGAUACUGGUCUAACGUCGUGUGAGAUCCGUAACGAUCUGUUUUGUGUGGUUGGAAAGAAAUAUGUUCUGCCAACGACUCGAUAUGAUAUCAAUCUACUUGGUAAGAGAACGAAGUACAAGUGGCCAAUGAUGUUUGCAUCGUACGGCUCCGAUGAUGAUAAUCGUGAAAGCUAUAAGAGUGGAGAUUCGGUGCUCGCAUUUGAUGACAAAACGGAAGGGAUCGGAACAUUUGUCGUCCCAUAUUCUAUUACCGGCGACUAUUGCCACUUGAAUGUUCCCAUCAAAUAUUUGCACGACCAGGAGUCGAAAUGCUUACGAUCUUAUGAACAGAGUCGAGUAUUUCUUGAUGAGUUACAGAGCAAACUAAAGUCAACAAAGAUCCUAGGACUAAGAAAAGCCAACGAGGCGAUGAUGCUUGAACACUGCACCGGUGCCGAUAAUCAUUGUUUGGAAAUUCAAAUGGUCGAUUGCUUCCAAGCCGUAUCCCGGAACAAUUGCAUGAGAUUUAAUUCUACGGAAAUCGAUGAGACGAUUUGGUUGAACAAAGAAAUUAUUAUCCAAUUCCGGCACAACUUCACCAACAUAUUAAAUUGCACAGCGUUUCUGGUUUACAUUCGAAACGAUAUUGCGAUGCCAUCAACUUUGGUUCAUUCGGUGAAAAUUCAAUUUCUUCAGGCCAACGAGUCUAUGGCCAACAUUCAUCGAAUCAGCGGUAAUAUUGGGUACAUGCAAGGGAAGCCCGUCAUUACGGCGAAAAUGAUUCCUUUGAACGAGACAAAUGACGACUCGCCAAAGAUUUUAGAUUAUUUUCAUCCCAACAAGACCUUUUCCAAUGACGAACAUUUCAUGAAAAUUCCUGCAAUUAGGCAGAACGUCUGUGUACUCACCAAUCACACCUACGACAUUAUUCGAUUCGGUGAGAAUUUAUUUUUGACCUGCGAUGUUGCACUAGACGAAAAUGUUACGACGGAAUCGAAUUUCACAAUAAUCUGCUCAACGUUGCAGCAGAAAAUCUUCUCUUUUAUCCUGAACGAGUAUACAGGGAGCAAUGACACAAAUGGCGUUGGUGUGUCAUCGAAGGUUUCAGAAUUCGGUAAUCCUAAGAACGAUUCCAAUUAUUGGAUCAAUGCUAAUCUAAGGCAUGGCAUUGUCGACGCUGUAGAGGGAAAAUACGAACCGGAUGAUAGUGGAAAUGAGUUCACUUGCAAGAAUAUGAUUUUGAGCAUAAAUUUUGAAUUUUUGUACGCUUCAUUGAGAGUAGGCACGUUCGACCGUCAGAAUUUGAUAAAAAAUGUAGAUUUUGUGUUUGGCACGAGAGUCGACUUGAAAUUUAAUUUAAACGAAACGGUCAAGGUUCCAAUAUUUCUGGAUGUAAUGUUCAUUGAUUUAACUAAUGCAGCUAGCUUUGUGUCUGGCUUCACGUGGAUUGUGCUGGUUCUGGUGGGUUUGGUCUGUGUUUUUUUGAUAAAUAAAAAUUAAUCCAAAAAAUGAAUAAUUAACCAAAGUGUUUCAAUCUUGCCUGGA